CAUGCGCAUCAAUGUUACAGGUACAGAAAAAGGUGUUUAUAAAAAUUUUCAGAAAUAUAAUCGCAGCCAUUACGAAUAUAAGCAACGUCAUAGCUGCAGUAAAGGAAUUUCAGUAGACAGUUGGACGUGGCACAAAUUCCCAUUUCAAAGUGUGUGCGGAUUAAUUGCUUUGCGUUGCGAAAGUUACAUCUCUCGGGCUGUAAUCUAUGACGAAUCUUUAUAAUGCGUUACAGUUACAGAGUCCCGUACACAAAAAUGUUCUAUGACUAUUGAAAGCUAGUCAUGAAUUUCGGUAGUGUAGAAUGCCCGUUGCGUAGUCGAAAAUAACAUACGCCACAGGCGCCAUUGAAUCGCGCCAUCUGGAUAUCGUUGGGAAGAAAUUAUAUUAGCGAGAGUUUGGAAAAACUUUUGAAUAAUGUUAUUACUCUUCCCUAUAACGAGUAUAGCAAGGUAAAACUAAUGAAUUCAAAAAUUGGUAUAACAAACAUCGAUUACCUUUACGUCAAUUUUGAGCGUAAAAGCGUAUAAAGCUUACAAUUAAAUCUACUUAACCUCAAUUUCGAAUGAAAAAUGAAUACCUGUGUUUAUGAGAACAUAAUUUCAUGUUUAUCUUAUGAAGAAAAUAAAAAGAUACAAUCUUCUUUGAAGGAAGAAAUCAAAGACAUUUUUCACUUUACAAACAGAAACGUGAAUUUCAGCCUGAAAAUAUCAGUGAUAUUGAAGUAACAACUGCAAGUCUAAUGCAAGAACGAUAGUGUAAUGCUCAUGAUACUUAAUUUCUAUCAGUUUUUUGUGAACCACUGAACCUUUUAUUAAUGGAAUAUAAUUGAUAUAAUAGUUUGGUAUAGUAACAAUCUUGGAAAAGAGUAAGAAGUGUAAAUACAAUAUGUACAACCAGCAUCAUAAAAAGGAUUAAGUUUCUGUUUUGCUGAAUAAUAAGGGUAUAAAAAUUAAAAUAGUUUACAAACAUUCAUCGAGAGAGUACAAUGCGAAAAAUUUAAGUUAUUGGAUUAAAAAUGCAGCACAUUGAAGUGAAUAAUAGAGAUCAUAAUUAUAGCGAAGUAAAAGUAGAUAAUCUUAAACGUGUCGAUGACAGUACUCUGAAUAUAUCUGAUAAUGAUAUGAAAACAGUUUAUAAAUUGAAUAAGUCCUUGUUAAUAUCGAAUAAAGAAACGUUUGGUCAAAUUAAAGAUAUAAAUGAAUUAAAGAAAAUAACACCGCGUGUAAAAUUAUUGGCUCAUGAUGCUAACAGUUUAAAUGAGUUGACAAAAAUUUCUCUGCACAAUAAAAUUUCUGCACAAAAAAAGCUAUGCAUAUCAGAACAGACAAAGCAAGAAUUAAAGAAAUACUGCAGGACUUGUGCAGGUUUAAAGCUUCCUUUAGUAGAUAUUUUUAGUGAAAAGGGCAUUCAAAUGAGAUUGAGUCAACAACUUAAACACUUAGAAGAAAUAAAUCCAUAUGAUAGUUUAUCGACUCAAAUGUGCAUGGACUGUAUCUGUGACUUAAAAAUGAGUUAUAAGUUUUUUAUGCAAAUCAAAAAAGCAGAAGUGAAAUUAAAGUCUAUUCACAUUUCUCUAACAGAUACAGCAACAAGGAAUACAGAAAUAAACAAAGUGCAGACUAUAGUAGAUACUGAACAUACAGAGAAAAGGAGAGAAAACUGCAAAGAGCACAGUACGAUUGAUUCGUUUAGUAGUAAAAAAUAUAAUGAACAAAUAUGUGUACAAAAUUUGACAUCUUCAACGAAGGAAGAACAAAAAUGUUUGGAAAAAGUUGACAUCUCAGAUACUGUUAAAGAAUCGGAUGAUAAUGUUACUGUAGAAAUUUUUGAAGAUAUAAUAGUUCAACAUAACAGUGACGAUAAUGAAUCUAUAGAAGAAUUCGAUCCAGACGAUCCACCAUUUCAGCCUGAUAGUUCCGAUGUUGCUGAUUCUGAUGAUGAAAUUAAUAUACAAAUGCCAGCAGCAAAAAAAAGAAAUACUCAGCAGAAAGAAAAUACUGCAAAGCAGUGUUUACAACCAGUGUUUAUUUGCGAUAAUAAUUCAAUUCCAGAUAAUAGAAAUACAGACUUUAACCAAACAACAUACAAAUAUGAUACAUCGCUGAAUGCAUACAUCAAAGUAGAAGAUACAGAAGGUAGUAAUUAUACCGCUGAAUCAUAUAGCAUAUCUAAAUCUGAAACUGUAUGUAGUAGCGAAAGUACAAAAGAAUCUUCAAAGCAGCCAAACAUAUUAAAAAGAAGACUUUUAUUACAAUCAAAGAAAGAUCCCAUUGAAGAAACGGAUGAAAAUAUUUGUCAAUCUAAUGUCUCUGACAAAAGUGGAAAUCAUAAAGAUGUUAAAGUACAAAAAUUAGAUUUAAACAAUCCUUUGAACAUCAAUAGUAAUCAGGAAGAUGGAAUCAUGUAUGUUACUGUUAAAGGUUCUAAACCUAAUGAAUUAUUAUUAGUAAAAGUUAAAAAAAUGGAUAAACCAUUAGAGAAAAAAGAAGAUAAAUCUUUGGGGAAAAAAAAUUUCGACAUUAAACCUAUGGAGAAAAUUUUGAAACGAUAUGAAACGUUGGCUACAAAAGAAAAAGAUUUAUUUCCAGAGCGAACAAAAAAGUCUGAAAUAAGAGAACAGAUUAUCGAAGAACAAAUUGAAGAGUACAAGAAAAAACGAGAAAAAGUAUUAGGAGGUCAUGCUAAUAUUUCACUUCCUUUAAAACUAGAAGAAACUCAAACUCGUUUUGUUAAACGUAAUGAAACUCAGGAGAAUAAAAAAUCUGUUUAUGGAGAAAGUGAUACGAUUGUAAAUAUACAGUUUGAUAAAGAUAAUAAUGAUAGUAAUGCAAGUACUAUUAAAAUUGAAAAUGAUAAUUCAGGAAACGUAGAACUUGUAAAAGACAAGUCUGCUAAUGAAAAAACUUAUGUAAAUACUGAAGAAUAUUUAACACGUUUAGCAAAACUUAAGCUGAAAUGGGAAGAAGCAAAAAAGAAGAAAGAGUCUCUUCAGAAAGAGCUUGAUGAAUCUUAUACAGAUGGAAAUAUUGAGAAACUAACAAGAAUUCUAGGAGAAAAAGAAAAGAACUUACAAGAUUUUCAAGAAUAUUUAAAACAACGUAAAAUUGUUGUUACAAGACUAAAAGAUGAAGACAUAAUAUCCCUUUAUGAAGAUAGGAAUAAUGCUGUGCUUAAAAACAGUUUACCCGACUUAAUAGACGAAAGUCAACCAGCAGAUUAUAUUCCAGAAGAACAUUAUUUAGAAUGUGAUUAUUGUCCAGAGACGUUUUCUUCUAAAGAUAUACUUGAGGAACAUCUGAAAAUGCACGAUUAUAAAAUCAUGCACUUUUGUGAAGAUUGUCUAGAAGAGUUUCCAACAAAUAAAGCAAAAAGAAAUCAUAAUGUAGUCUGCAUAAAAAAAAAGUUGUGUAAAUAUUGUGACUUGAUGUUAGAUUCUAAGGGGAAAAAGCGACAACAUGAACAGAAACAUUGUGACAGUAUGUAUGGACAAUUAUGUGAUGUUUGUGGAGAAAAAUUUAAACAUCAAGGAACAUUGGAUCAACAUGUAAAAACACAGCAUAUGAGUUGGGAAAAAAUAUUUCAGUGUCCAAAAUGUCCCAAAAAAUUUGCUUUUAAACAAAAACUUAGUUUUCACUUGAAGUCUGUGCACACAACUUUAAGAGCCUAUUUAUGCGAAGACUGUGGAGCAGAUUUCAAAAAUCCAGCAAGUCUUAGACAUCAUAGAAUACGCAAACAUCAACCAGUAGGUAAUAAACGCGAAUGCCCAGUUUGCCACAAAUUAGUGCCAUUUUAUAGUCUUUCGAAGCACAUGCACACGCAUAAGGCAUAUACCAUUGAGUGUCCACAUUGCGACAAAAUGUUUAAAAAUAGCUCUACUUUAAAACAACAUGUACGGAUUCACGAAGAUCAACGUCAGUACCGAUGUGAUACUUGUGGUGUUGGUUUUAAUAGACGUGAUGGGUUAAGGUUGCAUAUGAGAGUCCAUGAAAAAACCGACAGCAGAGGAUUAAAAGAAUGUUCAUGUCAAGUGUGCGGUGAAAAAUUUCCAAAUCAUUCUACACUUGUUAUACAUAGGAAUCGAGUUCAUAAAGAUGGUAGACAAUAUACUUGUCACAUAUGUAACAGAUCAAUGAUUUCGACUAGAUCAUUAGAGUGGCAUAUGUCUCAUAUACACAAUGAAUCUCUUCCUGGUGUUGUAAAAGAAGACGUAGACGGAACACCAGAAAAGAAGAGAGCAUCGUGCUAUCAUUGUAAUAAGACAUUCAAAACAGAAAUGAUCUUGAGGACACACAUUAAGAACACUCAUAUGGAGAAAGAUCCUAUGAAAUGUUUAGAUUGUGAAAUGACGUUUACUUCUGAGGUGAGAUUAAGACAUCAUAUGAUGGUAACUCACAACAGAUUAGAAGGAACGUUACCUUGUCCGCAUUGUCCAAAGAGAUUUGUAAAUCAGCUUAGGUUAAAAACACAUAUGAUAUCUCAUUCUGAAGAAAGACCGUACACCUGUGAAAUUUGUGGGUUUAAUUUGAAAACAAAGAUUCAAUUAAUCAAACACCAUCAAAAUAGACACAGUGAUGAAAGACCUUUACAAUGUAGAUACUGUCCAUGGAGAUGUAAACAAGUUAGCGCUCUCGUGUGUCACGAAAGAACGCAUACAAAUGAACGACCAUACUCUUGUAGCGUCUGUAGGCAACGCUUCAAAUACUUAGGUGAUAAAAACAAACAUGAAAGACGACAUGAAAGUUUAGGGGGGUCAGGAUUUAAGAGGAUAGUACCUGGGCGAAAUAUUAAACCCAAAAUACAAGAAGAUUCUUCUUGUUCUGAUCAGGAACAAGAGGGUAUAACCAAUGCAGAAUCUCAAGUUCCUGAAGGAGAAUACGAAGAACAGGGAGAUCAACAUUUUAAAGAAGAACAAAUAGUUAAAUUUGAGGAACAAGAAAUAACAGAGGAAUAUGAACAAGUAUAUGAACAGGAGUACGAAGAAACUUCCAGAGAAGCUUCAGAUGCAGCGGAAGUUAUAAUGAAUAUGGAAGAUACUACUGUUUAUACGGAAGAAGUGACUGCAGAUAAUAUUGAAUCUGCAGAAAUAAUGGCGGAUGAAAUGAUGACAAAUGAAAUAUUACAAUCAGGUGCUGUAGUCCAUUUGCAACAGGAAGAUGAUUCAGGAAAAAUACAAGUGAUACCAGUUAUGCUGUCUUUACCUGAUUUGUCUGAUGCAAAUACUGAAGUUAAUUUAGCUACAGCAUCAAUUAUGUAUAAUAAUUGAAUGUAAUAUCGCACUUUACAUUUGCGAUAUCCUGUGUAAAAAUGAACUUUUAUUGUAGUAAUUAAACCUUAAAAAACUUUUUAAUUGGGGUAAAGAAGUAGGGGCUAAAUCACAUUCCCGUAACUCAAAUUACAGAUAUUCUAAAAAGUAUAUUUCCUUCAAGCAUAUGUAGCUUUCAAUUACUAAAGAUAUUAAGUAUGAACUCAAAACAUUAAGAUACUUUUCUGCUACUGAGGUAGAAAUUUUGUAUGAUUAUUCGAAUUAAGAUGAAUUUAAGAUUGUAAAAACAAAGGCAGAAAAAAUGUUAUCUUAAUGCUUUUCAAUACGUGAUUUUCGUUCAGUCACAAAUAAUAAACAAAAAAUAAUUAAACUACAAUAUAUAAAGUAUUUUGUACAAAUCUAUAAAAAAAUGAACAAAUAUUUUACUUGAUGAUACAUAUAUAAAUUCAUGGCACGAAUAAAAAUUGACAUUAUUCAUAAAUACGUUCGUUUAUCAAAUAUGCUGUUCGUAUUUUAUAUUCAUUCGUUUUCUAGAAUUAUAUGAUUAUGUUUACUUUCUUGCAAGUAUUUUUCAUUUCAUAUGUGGCUAAAGCGUGGACAACAUAUUUCUGUGUAAUGUAGAAAUCAUGCAUUUUAUACUUGUAAAUUAUAGUAAACUAAGAAAGCAAUAAUUACGGUUUUGGUAUUUUCAGUGUCUUCUUAUGUGUAAUAUAUUGUUCAUGUAACAUACAAUUUAAUUUGAACUCUCUAUGUUUAUGAUACAUUAGACUAUUUUAUAUUCAUUAUACAAAUUGAAGCACCACUUACAUAUAACUUUUGUUUGCAUUGCUGUAUAAUAUUUCUUUAUGUAACAGUGGAAUAGAAAUAUUCUUGUUAAUAAU